GUACCUGCUGCUAUGUCUGCUUUUGGUCAUGAUAGAGCGGUUUGAAGAGGGUCGAGCAUAUAUCUUCCACUCAAGCCGGAACUAUAGAUACCACUGCAGCACUGCUACGAAUUGAACACAGCUAGCAUUCUCUACCCUUUCCUUCCAAAUCGCAGCGAAAUCCCGCAUACCAUCUUCCUCAUCAAUCUUCGAUAUCAUGGGUCUUUGCAAUUCACUUUUACUUGUACUUCUGGCAUCUUCGCCAGGCAUUGUAUCUGCCAGAACCGUACUCCCCGUCCUCGGGUCCCACCACUACGAUGUGACGGUCGCUUCCGCAUCGCUCACAGACCAUAGUCGCUUAGAUCCAUACGCCAAUAACAGCAGUCCUCGAUCUGUCGUGGUGUCCAGCUUUCAUCCCGUCACUCAUUGUCGCCGCCGAAAAAUCGAUUCCUAUAUGCCGCCUGCUACAGCAAAUUUCAUGGAUACCAAGUUUGGCGCAUACGGUCUCCCUAACGGAAGCUUCCAAUCACUGGGUCUCGAAACGUGUGUGACUCCAGCAAGACAAGACGCUUGCUCCAGCCACUUGUUGCCCGUCGUAUUGUUCUCAGGUGCACUCGCCACGUCUCGACAUCUGUACAAUGCCAUGCUCCAGAAUAUCGCGUCUGCUGGUUAUUUGGUACUCUCUAUCGACCACCCCUACGAUGCCGACAUGGUUGAGUUCCCCGAUGGUACCAUAGUGACCGGCGUCGAGAUUGACAGCGACGCGGACAUUGAGCUUGCCCUUAGCACACGAGUCGCGGACAUUGAGUUCGUCUCUAACCAGAUUUACAACGUCUCGGCUUCGAAAGAUCUAUUUCCAACAGGUUUGCGCCGUGAAAGGGUAUCCAAAAUGGCCGUUGUUGGACAUUCCUUGGGUGGUGCAGCAGCAGCUACUGCAAUGAUGAAUAUGCCUUCUCUCAGAGGUGGAGUCAAUCUUGACGGCUCCAUGUUUGGUUCUGUGUUAACAACCGGCUUCGACGGUCUCUUCAUGCUCAUGGGCCACGAAAACAAGACACAAGAGACUGAUCCAUCCUGGAAGACUCUCUGGCCACACCUCGUUGGUUGGAAGAAGGAGUUCGAAGUCAAGAACGCUGCGCACUACAGCUUCUCAGACCUUCCCUUGGUCAUAACCGCGUUGGGUCUAGAUGGGAAAUUGCCAGCGGAGGUUGGAGAGCUUCUGGGUAAUAUCGAGGGUCGCAGAAUGACAACCCUUGUAACCGAAUAUGUUGCUACCUUCUUGGAUAUGACGUUGAAAAAAGGAAAAGAGGGCGCAUUCUCCAAAGUUGGUGAUCAAUUUCCAGAGGUGUCAGAAGUGGCUUGAGCCGCAGUUUACAGUAAUCUAUCGUUGCCAUACCUAUGGACAUAAAGAAUGGCCUUUUUGAGACAACCACGUGCCGAGAGGAUGCAAGCUGUGCAAGAUGCAGCUAUGCGACACGCCACUUACAUACUGACUCAGGUCUUAUGUGAGUGUAAGGAUGGUUGUAGCCGUUAACAACAGUACCAGGCGCAAAGGUGACGUUCUGUAUGCAACAUCAGUAGGGCUAGAUUUGGG